AUGGCUUCAAUCUUUAGUGCUAGUAGUUCAUCUAAAAGAAUAGAUACAACAAGCUAUGGUUCAAAUGAUUCAUCAACUAGAAAUAAAAAACUUGAAACAGUUUUGUCAAAACCACAUUCUAAACAAUGGCAACAAAAACUUACUUGGAAUAUAGUUAAAUUUUUUCUUACUUGUACCCUUCCUUUAUCUUUAAUAGAAAAUAAGAAUUUUC